GGCGUAUACGCGGGACGAGAAGCUUUAUACCAAGACCGAAUUGAUGCAAUGGCGAACUACGAUCCUCUCAAAACGAAGGAAGAACUCCAAGAGCUGCUCGCGAAUAUCAGGCCGGACGAGGACAUGCCUGCUCAUCUUCGUGUGCAAACGCCCGCCGAUUUGACAAUCAGACUGCACAAGUACCAGGAAGUGGGCUUGACGUGGCUCAAGAAGCAAGAGGAAGGCUCCGCCAAGGGAGGCAUCCUUGCAGACGACAUGGGUCUUGGCAAAACCGUGCAGAUGUUGUCACUCAUGAUCACACGCAAGUCCGACGACCCGCGCUGCAAGACUACCCUCAUCGUCGCCCCGGUGGCACUGCUCCGACAAUGGGCGCAAGAAAUCAAGACGAAGCUCAAGCCCGGUCCGCGCACGCAGCUGUCCGUCUACACUCAUCAUGGUACCAAGAAGGCAAAGGACUUCGACGAGCUACGCGUCUACGACGUGGUCCUUACCACAUACGGCACUAUUGCCACGGAGCUGAAGAAGCUCGAGAAUUUUGCCCUUCGCAAGAAGUCCAACCCUGACGCAGUUCCCUACGCUCACGAAAAGUUGGUCUUUCUUGCCGACAAUGCCAACUGGUACCGCGUUAUUCUCGAUGAGGCGCAAUGUAUCAAGAACAGGAACACGCAGACUGCGAAGGCUGCUUGCAUGCUCAAAGCCAAGUAUCGCUUUUGUGUCACCGGCACGCCCAUGAUGAACAACGUGGAAGAGCUCUACUCGUUGGUAAAGUUCUUGGGGAUUCGGCCAUACAACCGCUGGGAAAAGUUUCGUGUCGAUUUCAACACGCCGCUGCGGUCCGCUCACGACCCCCUCAACCGGGAUCGCGCAAUGCGGCAGUUCCAGAUCUUGUGCAAGUCCAUCAUGUUGCGACGGACAAAGAAGAGCAAAUUCGAGGGCGAGCCGAUCCUGCACUUGCCUGAGCGAUCGACCACUGUUGAUAAGCCAGAAUUCAGCACGGACGAGCAGGAAUUCUAUAAGGCUCUGGAGUCACAAUCCCAACUGCAGUUCAACAAGUAUCUCCGACGAGGCACAGUAGGAAGAGAUUACUCCGCCAUAUUGGUUUUGCUGUUACGACUGAGGCAGGCGUGCUGCCAUCCACACUUGAUCAAGGACUUUGGUGUGGCUGCUGCCGCGGAUAUGACCGAGGAACAGAUGCUCACAUUCGCGAGGGAGCUGAGUCCUCAAGUCGUUGAGCGAAUCAAGGCCACAGGGGGAAACUUUGAGUGUCCAGUCUGCUACGAUGCGGUCGCAAAUCCUGCGAUAUUCAUCCCAUGCGGGCAUGACACCUGCUCGGAAUGCUUUGCCAAAAUUGCUGAUCCGGCCAAUGCGAUCCAACAAGGCAACGAGAACGGGGGUGCACGGUGUCCUAACUGCCGUGGAGGCAUCGAUGCGAAGCGCCUGACUGACUUCAACAGCUUCAAAAAGGUGCACAUGCCGGAGCUGCUCAGUGCAGAGGAGCGCUCCGAAAUGGAAGGUGGAGACGAGAUGGUGGACGAAUCUGAUGACGAUGAUGACGCAGACAGUGACGGCGAUAGCGAUGACGUUGACUCGAGCACAGAGGACGAAGACGAAGACGAAGACGCAGGCGACAACACUCUCGGAGGCUUCAUUCUGUCGAAAGGGAAGGGCAAGGGAAAGCAGAAGGAUAAUUCCAAAGGCAAAGGCCGGAAGAGUAAAGGUAGGAAGAAGAAGAAGAAGAAGAAGCAGGAGAAGAUGACUGCAACGACAUUGGCCGAUCUCAAGAGUAAGGCGACGCGCAACAAGGAAUCCAAGAAGAAGUAUCUGGCACAUGUCCGAAAGACAUAUGUCAGCUCUGCCAAGAUUGACAAGACGAUGGAGAUUCUGGACGAGGUCAUGAACGCCGAGGAAGGCGAGAAAGUGCUCAUCUUUAGCCAGUGGACUUCGCUGCUGGACUUGAUGGAGAUUCCCAUUGAUGGAGCGGGCUACGUCUAUCGCCGCUACGAUGGCAGCAUGAGCGCCAACAUGCGAGCGGACGCGGUCGAUGACUUUAAGGACGAGCGACAGAAUGUUCGCAUCAUGUUGGUGUCUCUCAAAGCGGGCAAUGCCGGGCUGAAUCUCAACGUGGCCAGCCAGGUCAUCAUCCUCGAUCCGUUCUGGAACCCGUACAUUGAGGAGCAGGCGAUUGAUCGUGCGCAUCGCAUUGGUCAGAUGCGUCCCGUCACGAUCCAUCGCGUGUUGAUUGAGGGCACGGUCGAGGAUCGCAUUAUUGAGCUCCAGGAGAAGAAGCGAGCGCUGAUCUCGGAAGCACUCGACGAGAAGUCGGCCGCGAAUCUCGGACGGCUCGGCGUGCAGGAGCUCGCGUAUCUUUUCGGGGUCACUCACAAUCCCUCACAGUCGGUCCAAUACCGACCCGCGACUGGUCGUCGCUGAGAGGACGGACCACGACAUGUCGUGGAUAAGAUCGCUGUCGUUGGAGGAAGGCGUUCUCGGAGGGGCGGGGGAAAAGGAGGAGGCCACACGAUGACACCAUGUAAUAUCAGAG